UGUGAUGGAACUUCAGACCGUAGCAACAGUUAAAGUGAAAUAUCAUCUUGGUGAGUUAAGAAAGCAAAAUGAUAAUUAAAGAAAUGUCUUGGAACAAUGGACUUCCAUUUUUACCUGGAUACAGCUUCCCUGAUGUAACGAAGUCAGCGUUCCAUCGUUCCCAGACUCUGGUAUAUAAGGAUGGUUAUGCUGUGGCCCGUAGGCCCACUGCGGGCAUUGGACAAGAUCCUCUUUUAUCAGAGCAGUUGAUCCAGCAGGAGAUCAAUGAGUUGUCCUUUGACACACCCGAUUUGAUAUAUGGUUCCUCGGAACAGGGCGUAGUGGAAGAAUUCAUCCCAGCUUAUGUGGCCUUUGACAAGAAGGUGCUGUGCUUCCGUGCAUACUUUCAGGAGAAGAUCCUGUUUUCCACUGAAGACGAGUGCCGCGUGCGCCCUGUGGUCAUUUUUUACUAUCUUGAGGAUGACAGCAUGUGCAUAAUAGAGCCUGCAUGGGAAAAUUCUGGGUUACAUCAGGGGACACGGCUCAAACGCCAUCGUCUGCCCAAGAAUGAACAUGGCGAGCAUUACCAGUGGAAAGACCUCAAUAUUGGAAUGGACCUAACGGUGUACGGGGUCACGUACCGAAUCACACAGUGUGAUGCUUUUACAAAGGAAUUCCUGGAAAGUGAGGGCAUUGUACUCAACAACUCUGAGCAGAUGCCUGUGGAUCCUUACAUCAAACGUCGCCAAAACCCUCAGCCUUCCUUCACCACCGACUCCACAGCCUCGAAGUUUAUUGACAGCAGUCACCAGUUUCUGAUGAUGGAUGGGAAGGUGCUAUGUUUCCUUGCACUGUGGUACGAUGCUGACGGUCUGAUCGGGCAAACCAGGCCUGUUUCCAUUCAUUAUUACUUGGGGAACGACACUGUGGAGAUCAGACUGGUCCCUGAACCCAGAAAAGGCAUGGAUCCCUCCUAUAUCCUGAUGCGCUUAAAAAAGCCGCCCAAGAAACUCAAAGCUGGGAGUUUUCCUAGCUGUGUGCUGGAGGUUUCAGCAGCCGAAGUAGAUGAGUACUUUUCCCCCAAAGACUUCCAGACGGGUCGGAUGGUGACUCUGCUGGGCCGUCGCUUUCUGCUGUACGACUGUGAUGGCUUCACUAAAGAGUAUUACGAAGAGAACUACCCUGACAUGGAGCAGAAACCCACAGAGAUACCAAAAAAGACUGAGCUGUCUCAGGAGAGGAAGAAGGAAGUGCCUCCAUACAAUGGAUAUGGUUCCCUUGAAGACUCCCUUCAGAAUUGUUUGUCUUUAAUUCCGAACCGUCCCAACAAGGAUGUGCGAAAGAUGCUAGAAAAUGCCGGGAAAGUCUUGAAUUACAGCGCCAGGCUGGACUCCCAGUAUCCUGAAGAUGAGGGCCGACGUUUCCUUCUCUCCUACUUCCUGUCCGAUGACACAAUCAGGAUUUUUGAAAAGCGUGCUAAUAACUCUGGUUUCAUCGGUGGCAAGUUUCUGGAGAAGACUCGCAUCCCGAAGCCGAGUUCUACAGCGGACAGUCCUCAGUUCUAUUCACCUGCAGACUUUGCUAUUGGGGCCACAGUGGAGGUUUUUAGCCACCGAUUUGUGUUGACCGAUGCUGAUCACAAUGCGCUGACAUACCUGAAGUCCAACGCAAGCCAGAUGGAUUCUAUGCACCAGAAGCUCGGUGUCGGUACAGCUCACAACGAGCCAGCUGACCAAAAUGGUAAAAAUCAAUUCAAGUCACAACUGUGACAUGUCAAACUUUGAAGUUAAUUUAAGUGAAUCAUCUGUCAAGUUUCACACUUCCUGGAUACCUCUGUGUUGUAAAGCAAUAAAGACAUUGCAACAUUAAAAAGUCAUCACUUUUUU